AUGGGGAAAAGUGAAAGAAAGGAAAGAUUUGAAGCAAAAAAUCAGAAUACUCAGCAAAUGGAGAAACUGAGAACAGAAUAUAGGGAAGCCAACAAACAAGUCAAAAAGUAUCCUAGGAAGGACAAGAGACAGUUCGUUCAUGACAUGGCUGAAGAGGCAGAGAGAGCAAAAUCACCAAGGCUACAGUGUAUAAAGACACUGAAAAAUAGAAAGGCAGCUGGUCCAGAUGGUAUCCCUCCUGAGGCACUCAAAGCUAUUCCAACAAAGUCAGCAGAGAUGUUACAACCACUUCUGCAAAAGAUGUGGGAAAAGGAAAAAGUACCAGAUGCGUGGAAAACAGGAUACCCGGUUAAACUAUCCAAGAAAGGGGACCACCUGUCGCAGUGUGGAUAUUGGCGAGGCAUCAUGCUUUUAUCCAUUGCCAGUAAGAUCCUAACAAGAUCUCCUCUUUACUCAAUCUUCGUGGACUUUGAGAAGGCCUUUGACAGUGUGGAUAGGUCAACCAUCUGGACAUUAAUGCGGCAUUAUGGAAAUCCACCAAAGUUCAUAAGUGUCAUCGGGAAUCUGUAUGGCGAUGCCACAAGUCACAUCAUUCACAAUGGGAAGCUCACAGAUCUUUAUUAA